AUGUCCGCAAUUAAUACACGAAACUCGCAAAUUGAAUCACUGUUAAGUUCAAAUCGAUCGCAUCCGGAGUUAUCAAAUUUAUGGAGGCUGUGCAUAAAGGGAAUAUUUAUUUUUAUUGUACUUGUAUUCAUUGUGUUUCUACCAGUGCCAAUUGCUUUAGGACUAACGGAACUGCUUUUCGAUGAACGCCUCCAAGAAUCACCGCCACACAAUUUUUCGGGCAAAUCAAUCGAAUUAACAUUAAAUCCAGGAGAAGAAUAUAUAAAGUUUACAUACGAUGUCAUCAAUGAUGUAUAUUCACAUUCACCAAAAAAAGGAUUCAUGGCCCAAGCUUAUUAUAUGGAAAAUAUGAAACGUUGCGAAGAACCGGAUCACAUCAUGGUUCAUUUAUGCAAGAUAUCCAUUGAUGAUGAAGCAACUAUUUCCUGGCACUUUGAUUUAAAAUCCAUAGAACGACCUAUUAAAAAAGUUGAAGUUCGCAUGGGUGGAUUUGCUGAAUUCAGUGGUUCCAGUUUAGCGAGAGCGAAAGCCUGUAUUGGAAACGUAUGUAGGGUACUGGCCAAUAACAAUAUUGAAAGGAUCGAUAACCCAGAUAUAAGCAUUUUUACAGUUACUGUAAUGUUGCUUGGCAAUUCUCAAAUUUUCCGAACCAAUUGGAAUAAAGGAACCGAAAUUGAAAGUUUCUUAGUUAGAAUUUAUCCUGAUACUCCCGAAGAUUCCAUUUCAAACAAAACGUUGGGCAAACUAAUCGAACUUCCUUUCAACUCUGGAGAAGAGUAUUCAAAGUUUACGUACGACAUCAUUAAUGAUGUAUACUCACAUUCGCCAAAAGAAGGGUUCAUGUCUCAAGCUUAUUAUAUGGACAAUAUUCAACGUUGCGAAGAACCAGAUCAUAUCACGGUUCAUUUAUGCAAGAUAUUCAUGGAAAAAACCGCAACUAUUUCCUGGCACUUUGAUUUGCAAUCUUUUGGACAACCAAUUAGAAAAGUGGAAAUUCGUAUAAGUGGAUUUGCUGAAUUUAGUCCUGAUGACAGUUAUGCAAUGGCAAAGUCAUGCAUAGGGAAUGAAUGCAUUAAAAUUAUCAAUGACAAUAUUGCAACAUUCGAGAAUCCAAUAACAGAUGUUUUAAAAAUUACCGUAAUACUGAGUGGCAAUGCUCAAGUUUUCCGAACCAAUUGGAAUAAAGGAACUGAGAUUGAAAGUUUUUCAGUCAGAAUUUAUCCUGAGCUACCAAAUUGA